AUGGCCUCAAAAAACACCGAAAAUAUCAACGAAAAUGUUCCCAAUGAAAACAUCAAAGGAAAAGGGAAAAGGACCAACUCAGAAAUUGAAAAAUUAAUUGAGGAGUAUGAAGAAAAAACCUGUCUUUGGGACGUCUUCUCAGAAGACUACCACAACAUCGAAAAAACCUCAAAAGCCAAGCAGGAAUUGUCGGUACGUAAAAAAAAGCUGAAUGUAUUUACAAUAGUUUAUCUAUCACAUUAUAUUCAUUAUUUAUCCCAUCUUGCAUAGGAAGCUCUCGGCGUAUCAUGGAAAAAUAUCCAGUCGCAAAUGACAUGUUUGAGAGCCACUUUGGGUCAAAACUUGAAGAAAAAACCCCAUUAAUUGGAAAUCAGGGCAAGGGACAGAUGAGCACUUUACACUGAAAUGGAUGUUUUGGGAACAGCUUCAAUUCCUCAUACCUACCAUGGAAGCAAGGCAAAGUCGGGAUACUUUAAAGGUUGAUAAUGACAGUAAUCAGAACAACUUUGCAGAACCAGUUGCACUAGUGCAAUAAACCGAAAACGCCAAAUAGAGAAAACAAGAGAGGAGCUAUACAAAGAAUGCAUAAAAAUCAUGAAGGAAUCUCCUGAAAAAGAAACCGGUAGUUCAUUUGGGAUGUACGUCAAUGAAAAGUUGUCUCAUAUUGACAGAAGACAACGAAGCAUUGCUGAAAAGAAGAUAAUGGAUGUUUUAUAUGAGGUUGAAAUGGGAGGAACAGAUGGAGUUAAUACAAAUACUGUCAGUUACAUCCCACAAUCAUUUCAUUCCCAGGGAUUUCCUAAUACAUGGCCCUAUUAUUAUUAGUUAUAUAGGUUAAUUUGGAAAUCCAUAUAGAACCAUAUCACCCCAUUACUUAAUUUUGUAUAAAAUUCGGUAAUUUUGAGUUUUCUUGUUUCCUUUGAAAUUUUCUUAUUAUUUCAAAAGAAAAUUAUUUCUUAUUUUACGAAAAUGCUAACUUAUUUCAAGAAAAUAUUUUCUUGUUUUAAGAAUUUUUUUCUUACAAUAAGUACAUUAUAUUUUCUUAAGAAAAUGAUUUUUUGCUGUGUAUAGCUCAGCUAUGCCUUUUCACGCUUGCAAGAUCCGGCGCAGACGUUGAGAUUUUUUCCUGGAGAAGUGAAAAACAACACGAUAGAUAUUUUCCCCAACGCCUCGAGAGGUUAAAUCCCCACGAAUACUAUCCGCAUACGAGAGAAACACGUUGAGCUGGCCGCCACGCGGAAGGUGGUUAGCUUAAGGCAAUUUUCCAUUGCAGUCGCUUUGCCCGCGCGGACGGAGCGGGCUUUGGAAAUCUGCUCACGCGGGCGUGACGUGUUUUCGCAGCCAAAACAGAAACAUUGGUUUUUCCAGAAAAAUUUUAAUAAUCUAAAGGCUAAUUUCCACUCAGGAAAAUUAUCCGUGGAUUGGAACGGAUAAGAAUUUUUUUUUUGUGUUAAAGUCAUUAGUUCCAACCCAAAGGUCCAAGACAAAGAAAAAUUUUCUUGUCCGUUCCAAUCCACGGAUAAUUUUCCUGAGUGGAAACUAGCGUUCAGUGUCAUGUCUUAAUAAUUGGAAUAAACAAAUCUGGAACAAAACUCUUUCAUAUUCCUCUGGGACAUCCUAUAUAAGAAUGCAGAUCAAGAGUUUUGUGAAAUAACUAAAGUGCAUGCUUGGUGGUUUUACAAAACAAAUAUAAAACAAAACAAACCAAUUAUAUUCAUUUUCACCAUGCGAACAUGGUACAAAUACCAGUCAAUACUUAACUAAUUAAAAGACACUGAACUUUGCAACAAAUCAGCUUUAUUACUUAAACAAAGAAACGAUUUUACACCAAUGAAUUAAACUAGAUUUAAUCCCAAUCUCAGAAAUCGUAAUUGUUUGAUUAGCUGCAUCUGUGUGCUGUUUUAGAUUAAGUAUGUAAAAUCAAUAUCUGACUGAAAGGCUUUCAGUGAAUUGUGUAUAACCAUGUAUAAUAAGUACAUUUAUAAGUAAUAAUAAUUAAGAAGCAACAAUAUCAUACUAUAAACAAGCGUAAUAUAGAAUCAUACGAAAAGCGUAAUAUAGAAUCAUACGAAAAUCACAAAAAAAGUUUUAUCGAAAGUUUAAAAAAAAAAUCAACGGAAAGUUGUAAUAAUCACACGAUUUCACGUAAGUCAUAGCACGUUUCAACUACAUGUGAAGUGUAGGAUAUUCACGUUCAGCUGUCUCAGCUGUAUACUAGAAAUAAACCACAUUAAGCGUAUUCGCAUGUGCUGUUUUAUAUUAAAUAUGUGAAAUCAAUAUCGGAAAGACUUUCAGUGAAUUAUGUCUAACCAUGCAUAAUAAGUAAAUUUAUAAAAGUAAUAUAUAGGAAGCAAUAAGAUCAUAUUAAACAAGCCAAAAGAUUAAUAGGAAACAUAUCUGAAAACCACAAAAAAUCUUUUAUCGAAAUUUUCAAAAAAAAUCAACGGAAAGUAUAAGUACUUAAGUUAAUAUAACCGAAUAACUUAAGUCCUUUGUAUGUUUGCAUGGCGAUAAAAUAUAAUAGUUUCGUUUGUGGAAACACCACGUAAAUUUAUUACUGCAUGCAAAGUUUUCGAUCCGUAAGCCCGGAUCUUCAUCCGUGCAAAUAAUAAAGCUUUGCAGUAAUAAAUUUACGUGGUGUUUCCACAAACAAAACUAUUAACAAUAACUUGUCAUAAUCAAGCGACUGCACACAAGUCAUAGCACCUUUCAACUCCUGCAUAUGAGGUGUAAGAUAUUCAUGUUGAGUUGUAUGUUAGAAAUAAACCACAUUAUCAAUGCUUUUCGCAUGACAUUAUCUGUAUUUCACAUUCCAUCUAUUUUGAACGAAUUUAUAUCACUCCAUCUUUUCCAUAUGCCUCACAGUUUAAAACAUGCCUGGAUGACUUGCAUGUCGUUUGAUCAGGGCGUGAGACAAGAUUACAAACUCGAUUAUAUAUCUGUGCCAGCGUAAGUAUAUAGUAACUAAAACACCUGGGAAAUACAGAUGGAUUCAACUACCUAAAAAAUACAAGUAAAACUUCGACGUGUCGAGCGAAAGCCCUUCGUCGGAAAGUUAGCAGCAUGAAGUUUUUAGCAUACUAUUAACUUGAAGUGUAAUAUUAGCAUACUACUAACUUGAAGUGUAAUAUUAACAUACUACUAACUUGAAGUUUAAUAUUAGCAUACUACUAACUUGAAGUUUAAUAUUAGCAUACUACUAACUUGAAGUUUAAUAUUAGCAUACUACUAACUUGAAGUUUAAUAUUAGCAUACUACUAACUUGAAGUUUAAUAUUAGCAUACUACUAACUUGAAGUUUAAUAUUAGCAUACUACUAACUUGAAGUUUAAUAUUAGCAUACUACAAACUUGAAGUUUAAUAUUAGCAUACUACUAACUUGAAGUUUAAUAUUAGCAUACUACUAACUUGAAGUUUAAUAUUAGCAUACUACAAACUUGAAGUUUAAUAUCAGCAUACUACUAACUUGAAGUUUAAUAUCAGCAUACUACUAACUUGAAGUUUAAUAUUAGCAUAAUACUAACUUGAAGUUUAAUAUUAGCAUACUACUAACUUGAAGUUUAAUAUUAGCAUACUAUACUAACUUGAAGUUUAAUAUUAGCAUAAUACUAACUUGGAGUUUAAUAUUACCAUACUACUAACUUGAAGUUUAAUAUUAGCAUACUACUAACUUGAAGUUUAAUAUUAGCAUACUUCUAACUUGAAGUUGAAUAUUAGCAUACUACUAACUUGAAGUUUAAUAUUAGCAUACUACUAACUUGAAGUUUAAUAUUAGCAUAGUACUAACUUCUCGACGAAGAUCCUUUGCUCGAAACGUCGAAGUUUUACUGAUAUUUUUCAGGUAGUUGAAUCAAUAUUCAUCUGCAUUCAUAUCAGAUCAUAUUUAAUUUUCGUGGACUAAGCUAAGUGCUUUUACAACGAAAUUUUUGAUAUCAUUUUUUAUGAUUGAAUUGUAGAGAAAAUUCAAAAUGACUAUAGUGAAAUACUUUGCCAAACUAUCUUGGCUUGUUUCUUUCUUGAGAUAUUCAAGAAUGUUGGAUGCGCAAAUUCUCCUAACUAUGACAUCAAAUUGCAUGAAGGCUUCGUGAAUUUUAAAUUAAAUUAUAACUCUUAUACGGAUAAUUGAUUCAAAUCUGUCGACAUAUAGUAUAUAUUUGUAGCAUGUUGACCAAGCACAUAUGCAAGGUUUUACGAUUUUGAUGAACGACAUAGCAAGAUCUUGCAGUUUUUUAGAAGGGUAGUCGUUAUGCAAUGUGACGUCACAAUGAGGAUAAUUUGCAUAUCAAACAUAAGCCGGUUUUCCACUAUUAAAGGGAAAUGGCAAUAUAUAUUUUUUAUUUUCUCAUUUGAAAAAACUUUUGAAACUAUUUAGUAACUUCUUUUACCGAUUCUUCAUAUCUUGCUUAGUUCUUGAAAAAAUUUCACUUGAAAAAAUGAGAUGUCAGCCAUCUUGGAUAAAAUUUUGAUCUCAUUAACGGUAGUUUUGGUGACGUCACAACAGGGAUUAACCAUAUAAAAGUAUUCGUUACUGACCAAAUAUUGAUUGGUAGAUGUUUUAAUUUAAACGUUUCAAGUGAUCUUCAUAUUUCCAAGAGCAUACAGAGUAUAAUUUUGAGUGCAAAAUGAUUAGUGGUUGUCUAGAUAAAAAUAUUCCGUGACCCCUGUUGUGACGUAACAUGCAUAUCCACAAAAAUCCAAGAUGGCGGACAUUUCAUUUCUUUCGAUUAAAAUAUUUCUAGAAGUAAGCAAGAUAUGAAAAAACGGUAAAAGAGUUUUAUAUAUGGUUUUAAAUGUUUUUUCAAACGAGAAAAUAAAAAAUAUAUUGCCAUUUCCCUUUAAGAAAAGCAAUUUCGUGGCACCCACCUGGAGAAUAGAUUUUCUGUGGUUCAAUGCAUAGUACCAUAGAUGCUCAAUUACCACAAAGCGAAAAACCUGCCCAAUAUAGCGAGAAAAUGAGUGAUUAGUGAUUAUCCUCUAUUAAAUUUUAUUACAGCAAGAAAACGCGAAAGUUUUCAUGUGUUCAAUUACAACAAAAAUGACUUGUAUCAUCAGAAAGCUUACAAAAAUCUACAUAUAAGACAUUUAAACAGUUUUUUUAUAUCCCAAAUUGUUUUCGAGUUAUACGCUGUCAAAAUGCGACAUUUAGGUUCAAUUUUCACAUUUAAAACAGCAAUAACUCAAAGACUAUUUGAAGAAUAAAAAACUGUUUAAAAGUCUUAUAUGCUUUUUUGUACCUUUUCCGCAACCUCGUACCCAGGGCAUCUGCGCUUAUUGCAGAAGCCCUGGGUACAAGUUGCGUUUUCCGAUAAUGCAAGUAAUUUUUAUUGUAAUUGAAUACAAAAUUUCCCAUUUUUUUGCUGCAGUAGAAUUUAAUAGAGGAUAAUCAUUGAUCACCCAUUUUCUCGGCAUUGGGCAAGUUUUUGGUUUGGGAACUUUUUUGGUAGUAAUGUAGCUAUAUAUGCUUUUCAAAUAAACUACUUCCCACAUGGUUGCCACGAAGCGAAAUAAUUUUGGCCACCGGCCUAUAUGCGGGAUUAUGCGCGCAAAGCGGAAUUUUUUUUUGCUUUUCUAAUUAAUUCCACCCGAAAAAUCACAAAACGAAGAAAAUUUCCGGCUAGUGGAAAACCGGCUUAAGAUAGUUUGGGAAAGUGACUUAUUCGGUGAAUUUGGAUUUUCUUUACAAUGCAAUCAUAAAAAAAUGAUGUAAACUUUCGUUGCAUGAGCUGUUUAAUUUUGGUUUGAGAAAUAAGAAUAUUUAGUGCACGAAUAUAUAUUGAGAUAAGUUCUAGACAAUAUGGAAAACUUCAAUUUCCGAGGGUCGAAAGUAGUAUGCUCCUGCCAGGAUGGUGCGUACGCUGUUGACACCAGAUGGAGCUUGGUAGGUGAAAUUAAAAGUUGCGAGUGAUUUGGUAUUCGAAGGCGCAUUAUUAUGUAUGUGUAUAUCGUGACCGUUUCCAAAUGUUGGUCCAUAAUAUCUUCCUGGGAAAAUUGCGUACUGAGUAUUUUGAUCUUUCAGUGGGGCUUUAAAAGGUGGGAGAUUUUCUUUGUUACGAAGAGAAAAUAUGAAGGAUCCUGGAGCCUGUAUUCCAUGCCACCCAGUACCUGCAUGUUAUAACGCAAAAACAAUGUUUUGACAUAUCUAAUCAAAUUUAUAUUGAGUAUCGGCACAGUGGUGUUGCAGCCGCGGACGAAUUUGAAAGUGUUUAUGCAUAUGUUGCAUUUAAGCAUGCCGCACACGAGAGCAUUUUGCUGGGCUAGCCUUCGCGCGUGCCGGUUGGCUCAUCUCUAUAUGUUUGUCGCAAUCGUAAAGUAAAGUGCAAAGCUAAUAUUUUAUGUCGCUCUAAAUUUCAAAAUAGCUGAAAUAUCACGUACCUGCACCUGCACGUGAGAAAGAUAUGUACUUUUAUUGGCUACUACAUAUUCACAGCUGAGCUUAUAACUGACGCACGCCGUCCGGCGUCCGCGCACGGUUCGAUCUUGCCUCGCAUGGACCAAAUAAUCUAACACGAUAGAAUUUUUCCUCGCGGUCUCGCGCGUAAAAUUCCGCAGCAAAAAGCGUGUAUUGCUAUGCGUAUUGUAUUGUAUUGUAUUGUAUUGUAUUGUAUUGUAUUGUAUUGUAUUGUAUUGUAUUGUAUUGUAUUGUAUUGUAUUGUAUUGUAUUGUAUUGUAUUGUAUUGUAUUGUAUUGUAUUGUAUUGUAUUGUAUUGUAUUGUAUUGUAUUGUAUUGUAUUGUAUUGUAUUGUAUUGUAUUGUAUUGUAUUGUAUUGUAUUGUAUUGUAUUGUAUUGUAUUGUAUUGGUAUUGUAUUGUAUUGUAUUGUAUUGUAUUAUAUUGUAUUGUAUUGUAUUGUAUUGUAUUGUAUUGUAUUGUAUUGUAUUGUAUUGUAUUGUAUUGUAUUGUAUUGUAUUGUAUUGUAUUGUAUUGUAUUGUAUUGUAUUGUAUUGUAUUUAAUUAUAUUUAUACACGGUAACCUAUCAAUUGAUAUUGAUUUUCAUAGGGCCGUGUAUUAUUUACAAGUAAGAGAAUAGAAUUAUAAUAUUCAGUUACAAUUAAUCGUUUUGAUGCUGAUUAGGUUCAAUCUGAGCUUAUCUUGAUUGUCAAUUCUGUUUUUGAAUAGAUGGAGGGUUAGUGUCGUACCUUACUAUAUGUGACUACUCACCCUCCAGCUAUUCAAAAACAACAUUAACACUCAAGAAAAGCUCAGAUUGAACCUCCACUAGCCUCAUUGAGUGUGAGUGAGCUUUUAGCAUACGGGCGUUAGUCCCCAUAUAACUAAAACUUCUCUUCAUAGAGUUCGUAUUUGGUUUUGACAAUCUUAGAAUUUGCCAUUACUUAAAUUAUAAUUAAAAUUGAUGCGCUUUUCAAAAAGGCUACCUAUUAUCUUCGGAUCAUCAUUAUCAUUCAUAACAUUACUCGUACAUUUUUUCAUGAGAUUUUGUCACCUUUCAUCCAGUGUUUUGGAGCCUAACUAGUAACUUAAGUGUAUUAAAUAUUUGUUUUGAAUGAAUGAAUGAAUGAAUGAAUGAAUGAAUGAAUGAAUGAAUGAAUGAAUGAAUGAAUGAAUGAAUGAAUGAAUGAUCAGAUAGAAUGAAUGAAUGAAUGAAUGAAUGAAUGAAAGAAAAACUUUAUUUUACGAGGGUAGCACAUAAUAGUGAAUUCACACUAACAAACCUGUGGCCCUCAGAUACAAUAAAAUAUUACAAUAAUACAUACUAGAUUAACUAAACAAUAUAUACAUCAAAAAGAUUUCUAAAAUACAAAAUUAAUAGUUUGAAAAUAUUGUAGUAAAAGUAGUAAAAUGUUUAUGUUCUUUCUGAUAUUCUAAAAAUAUAUUAAUAAUAGACCGGUUAAAUGUUUUGGCUGCAGAUGCAAUGGAUCUUAUUUUCAGCGGUAAACUGUUCCAAAGUUUACUUGUGCAUGUUGAAAACCUUUUACCACCCUCAGUUUGACGAUAAUAUUUCGGCGUUCUAAAUAACAGCCCUGCACCACGUGUGGAACGAGAGUGCACUUCGCUAUAAAAGCAACGCCACUAUAAAAAAAUGCAUUAUUUGACAAUUUUAAAGAGAAGGUUGAAUAUGAAAUAUCAAAUUUAUUGGCUAAACUCACCAAGCAAGACGAAACUAUCAACAUAAAUAAGCAAGAUAUAUGCAAAUUGCGCGAAGAAAAUUUGCAUCUCAAAUCACGUAUCUCCAAAUUAGAAGGAAAGAUGGCUUCGGCCUUCAUAGAAAAAUUCCCUGGGCUAUUGAAAUAUCUUGUGUCACACCUACAACGCAGUACGUCCCCAUAAGCACUAAGAAAAAGGCCAACGAAGACCGACUACCGGAAAGUAAUGUGCCUAAUAUGCAGUCCAAUCCAGAAUUUAGUGUACCUACUUAUGAAAAUUUGACCUUGCAACCGCGAACCCAGCAGACAAAUAAGAAUCGUUACGACCGCCCCCCAAAGAAUUCCACUCCUUGUCCAUUUCUUCUGCGUCGAGGUUGGUGUCGAAAGGGAAACCGAUGCGACUUUCAGCAUCUUAAACCAUCUCGCAAUACACAUAAACAUAAUGUCCCCUGUCCGUUUUUGCAGAACAGAGGCUUCUGUCUGAAAGACGAUCGAUGUGAUUUCUCCCACGCUUGGGUACCAACCAGAAGGUCGGUAUUAAAAACCACUACUAGUAGCCAUUUGCCACCUGCCUCUUUUUUAUCCCGAGCGCAAGUGCCAUUGCCACCAAACGUCCACACAGCUCAACCUCAGCAGCUCCAAACGUACAGCCUACACCCAUGGCGACCCCCAUCUUAUCCAAGGCCGUUAAUGGAAAUCCCACUACCCACGUCCAGUUUUCCCCGAUUAUCCUCCCAGAUCCACCAAAACAGAUUUUACUAAAUCCUUCUAAACAGAGCUCCACUCCAUGUUUACCUGACAAUUGUUCGUGUGACAAUGAGACAGUAAGCACAAUUCCUGUUAUAACCUCGAAACGAAUUAAUAAGAAAUAUAAUGUGCGAUAUCGACAUGACUCCAUCCGGCCAAAUAAUUUAAUUAAAAUUCCUAUUAAACACUUGCCGGGUUCCCAACAUACGUUCGUUCCCUCCCUAAUGCUAUCUAAUGUUAUGUCAUUGGUGCCCAAAAUAGAUGAAUUACGCGAAGUUAUCCUCAAUAGUGAUGUAGAAAUAGCUUGUAUUACCAAAACGUGGCUCAGAGAUCAUAUCGAUGAUAACGUUGUUAAUGUGUCAGGAUUUAGGUUGGUUCGCCUUGACAGAAUUAACAGUCAACACGGGGGAGUCUGUAUGUACGUUAGGAAUAAUAUUCAAUACAACAUUGUACAAGACCUUUUAGACAGCAAUUUUGAAAUCGUCUGGGUUCAUAUUCGCCCUACUCGUCUUCCAAGGGGAAUUCCAUGCAUAAUUAUUGGAACGUUAUACCAUCCUCCAAGUGCUAACAAUCGAGAGAUAUUAGAUCAUUUAUUAAAAUGUCUAUCAACAAUCGAAUCUCGUUUUCCCAAUAGUGGUGUCAUCCUGCUUGGAGACUUUAACAACUUAAAUGUCUCUAGAAUUAAACGUAACUUUAGGCUUAAGCAAAUUGUGAACUUUCCCACACGUGGCCGGAACACCUUGGACCUCAUCCUAACUAAUUUGAAAGACUAUUAUGCUUCCCCCAUUAAACUCUCUCCCCUCGGUCUUUCUGAUCACGUAACGGUUAAAGUUUUACCGCUCUCCCGAACAACAACAUCCAAGUCCAAGUCCAAAACAAGCAUCAAAACAAGGGACAUUAGACCAACGAAACGUUUAGCAAUGAGAACAUAUUUGGAAGCUGUUGACAUUCAAACCUUGAUAGAUAAUAAGAUCUCUUGCGAGGAAAAAACUACGAUGUUGGAAAAAAUCGUUAGCACAGGUAUGAAUUCCCUUCUUCCAAUGAAGAGGAAAACGAUCAUAGCUAACGAGCCCCCAUGGCUCAAUGAAAACCUUAAAAAGUUGAUACGUGCGCGCCAGGAAGCCUUGUCCUUGGGUGACAUGGUUACCUUCCGAUUACUUAGGAAUCAAGUUAAUCGAGAGAGGAAGUCAAGCCGUGCAAAAUAUUACGAUUCAAGAGUUAAACAAUUGAAAGAAUGUGAUCCUUCCGGUUGGUGGAAGGAAAUUAAGAAACUUAGUGGGAUGUCUGCAGUGUCAAGUGACAGUACAACUUCAAUUCUACAACAUGUUGUUUGUGACCCAGUCGAACCGACUCCACUUAAUAUUGCCAAUGUUAUUAACAACGCAUUCCUUGCCUCAAUGAGUGACUUUUCUCCAUUAUCUCCCAACGUCCGUCUUGCCACCGAUAAAGAACCCCCAUUUACCGUCACAGAGCAAUCAGUUUUUCAGAAACUGUUAGCACUAAAUCCAACCAAAGCAACUGGGCCAGAUGGUAUUCCCUGCUGGCUUUUAAAAGAGAACGCCGAUAUUUUUGCACGACCAGUAAUGUCGAUUAUUAACUGUUCAUUCUUGGAGUCUCGCUUACCUCCUUCAUGGAAGGAAGCCGAUAUAGUACCAAUACCUAAGCAAAAACCUGUCAAUGACGUAAAUAAAGAUCUAAGACCAAUCUCUCUGACUCCAGUACUCUCUAAGGUCGCUGAGGAAUACGUAGUUGAAUGUUUUGUAAAACCAGCUGUAUUGAAAAAAGUUGACCCACAACAGUUCGGUACAUUACCUGGCUUGAAUACCACCUAUGCUCUUAUUAGCAUGCUACAUAAAUGGAACUGUGACACCGAUGGUAAUAGUGCAACAGUGAGGAUCGUAUUGUUCGACUUCAAAAAGGCCUUCGAUCUGAUCGAUCAUGAUAUUUUAAUUCAGAAACUAGUGUCGUACGAAAUUCCAAAUAAUGUUGUCAAUUGGAUAAUAGAUUUCUUGUUGAACCGCAAACAAAGAGUUAAACUCUGCCAAGAUUGUGUUUCGGAGUGGGGCUCGGUCCCCGCGGGUGUACCGCAAGGAACAAAAUUGGGCCCAUGGCUGUUUUUAGUCAUGAUUAACGAUUUAAAUGUCUCUAAUGAUGUGAUGUGGAAAUAUGUGGACGACUCAAACAUCUCCGAAACUGUUAAAAAAGACGAAGUAAGUCAUAUCCAAUCAACCGUAGAUGAGUUCGUACGCAAGUCCAAAACCGAAAAGUUCGUGCUGAAUGAGCGCAAAUGUAAAGAAAUGAGAAUUAGUUUUACGAAAUCGGAAAAAGUCUUUCCACCCGUUACGAUAAAUAACGCCCCCCUUGAAAUUGUCCCACAUGCCAAAAUUCUGGGCCUGAAUGUAUCCGACAACUUAAAAUGGAAUUAUCAUGUUAGCGAACUCGUUAAAAAAUCUUCAAAAAGAUUGUACUUCCUAACUCAGUUAAAGCGCGCCAAAGUGGGUUGUUUGGAAUUGGUACAAUUUUUUAAAUCCUGCAUCAGAUCUUUAAUUGAAUAUGCUUGCCCAGUGUAUCACGAUGGUCUCCCAACGUAUCUUUCGAGUGAUCUCGAAACUAUUCAAAGACGAGCAAUGCGAAUCAUCUACCCCACAGAAUCUUACGAAGAUGCCCUACUAUUAUCAGGUCUAACUUCCCUAUUCCUACGGCGCCAACAGAUUACUAACAAAGUCUUCCUAAAUAUUAUGAACGAUGAUGCACACAAAUUACACGAACUACUGCCUGCUAAAAACAAUAUCUCGCUUAAUUUACGGAAAAAGUCGAAAUUCAAUAACCCAAGAGUAAAAACGAACCGUUAUAGAAAUAGUUUUAUCAUCAGUAAUUCAAUUAAGGCAUAAUUAACAAUAGUAUUAGGCAAUCUAAGUAUAAACACGAUCAGUUCAAGAACUGUUUUAAACAAUGAACCAUUUCAGAAAUAGUUUUUACCGUAACCUAAUUUAGGCAUAAUUAGCAUCUAGGUAUUGUAUUUUCUAACUUGUACAUAUAUAAUGCAUAGUGGAAUUCUCCAACAUGUUUUAAGAUCCUCUCUUUUAUCAAUUCUUGUAAAUUUUACUUAAUUCAGCUUAUGGCUGCAAUGUAAAUUUCAAUAAACUAUCUAUCUAUCUAUCUAUCUAUCUAUUCAAAACUAGCAAAUCUUUCCGAUAUUCUGGUCCCUCACCAUUAAUACGUUUAUGCGCCAACAUGCACCUCCUGACAUCUUAUUCGACAUAAAAAGGAAUCCAAUUAAGUUGAUUGAAUGCAUCAAUAGACGGAUGCCGUGGUUCCAAAUUUAAAAUUAUUCUGGCGGCACGCUUUUGAAGCUUGAAAAGUUUCAAUAUGCUGUCUUGUCUACAAUUAGACCAAACAACACUACAGUACAUGAACAACGGCUUGAUCAUUGCAUUAUAGAACAAGACUCUUUCAGGAAUUGGAAGAUAUGAGCUGACUCGCUUCAAAAUUCCAAGUCGCUUUGAAAUUUUCUUUGAAGUAGAAUUAACGCGAUUAUCAAACGACAGUUCUGAAUCAACUCCCACACCCAGAAGUUUAGCGUUACUCACUUGAGAAAUGUUUGAGCCAUUUAAGUUAAUAUCAAUGCCUGUGGCAACAGUAGAACGUUUCCCUCCAACAACCAUAAUCUUCGUCUUAUCCGCGUUCAGUGGUAAAUUAUUUAAAGUUGCCCAUUCAUCGACAUUUGCCAUUUCCCUUUGUACCUUAUUUUGCAGCUCCUGAAUCUGGUCUCGAUCACUAGAUGCAAUAACAAUGGUAUCAUCGGCAAAUAAGUCAGUUUGUGAUUGAGUGUAUAAAGGAAGAUCGUUAAUAAAAAUCAGGAACAAGAGAGGGUCAAGAAUUGACCCUUGAGGAACUCCGUCCGUCAGUAAUAUCCCUAGUUGUUGAUGAUGUGCCCUUAUAAUAUACGGCAUACUGCUUCCUCCCCGAGAGAUAGGAAUUGAACCAAGACACAGCAGCACUAUCAAGUCCAUAGCAUUCCAGUUUCUUUAACACAAUUGAAUGGUCCACCAUGUCGAAUGCCUUGUCGAAUGCCAUAAUUAUCACCUGUAAUGACCCUUGCCGCCCUGUUUUGAAGUUUUUGUAAAUUUAUUUGCCGUUAACCAUGUAUGUAUUUUUUGAAUUUCAGUAUUUAAUUUCACACUAAUUUGAUCAACAUUAGUAGCAUUUACGGAAAUAUUUGUAUCAUCAGCAAAAAUGAUUGGAAUAGAUUCAUCAAGACAAUUUGGCAGAUCAUUAAUAUAAAUCAGAAAUAAGAGUGGGACAAGAUUUGAUCCUUGAGUUAUCCCACAUCGAACGUUCCUGAUUAAUGACUGACCCUGAUGGCGAUUAGCUCAACCAAAAGCUCUUGUGUGCGCAGGCUUUAUCUAGUAUCUCUCAUUUAAAUAAUUUAUCACAAUCACUUAUGAUUGUGGUAAAAGGGGAGUACUGAUUACGUUGCACGGAAAAUAAAUCCGUAAUAUCACGAUUCACGAAGAAAAACGCCGUCCGUUUCACGGAAAAUUAGUAAGACGCUGUUGCUGAAAUGUUUCUUUCGCUUAUACUCACUAAACGGCGAAUAUAGGUAUUGUACAGUUUAUGUAUUUCAGUGGGAGCAAGAUAAAGAAGAGUUCAUUAUAAGCUUGGUAAUUUUCCUCAAGGAAAUACACAACAGGCAACAGGAUAUGCCUGAAACCGUUUAAGUAGGUUCUUUUCAUUUUAAACUCGUUUAUACUAUACAGUUUUUGUCAUGAAAUACAAUUGUUGUAUAAAUGUUGUUGAUUUUUCUUUCGUUGUUAUAUAACAAAACACUUAAUGUAUGUUGCUCGGGAAAUAGUCAGUUUUGUUUCCCCUUGAAUCUCCGCAAUGUUUUUGAGACUCUUGCGGGAAAACAAAACUAACUAUUUCCUUGGGGAGCAGACAUUAAGUGUAUUUAUUUUUAUCAGUCAGAAUGAAGCAAUCUGAUUGGCUGAGAAGCCUUUCAGAGCUGACUUUUUUUUUUCAUCGGGCCCGCUCUGAAAUGCAACUGCCCGCUGUGAAAUGCAACUGCCUGCUCUGGUUUUCGCGGCAAAAACAGCGAAACAAUUUUUAAACGAAAAAAUCUGCCUAAAACGUUUGGAAAACGUAGCAUUUCAUACUAAGCACGAUGUACACCAGAAUUGACAAUAUUUGGCAUGGAUAGAAAUGCGACUGAAAGUCGGAAAGUUAUUUGGCAUGUAUAAAACUUACGCUGAGAAAACUAGUUUUUUUAAAUGCUCAGUCGCAUAUUCAGACACGUCACCAUAAUUUAUUUCCGGUUGUAGCAAAAACGCCACCCUUCUCAAUAUAUUUAUUAUAGAAUUUAUUCUUAGAGUAUAUCUAUAGUGUCCAGCGGUGGACACGUGACUUUGAGAUGGCGGAAAAAGCUUGCAUGUGGACUUAGUUAAUAUAUUAUAUGCAUGGCAGACUUUGUAGUUACAAGUACACGUUUAGAGAAAUAAAAGAAUAUAAUAAUAUCUAUACGUUUACAUGCACCUAUGUCCAAGCAACAACUCUGGCGUUUUUCUUGUUCAAAACAUUUGAAAACUUGUUAGGAAAAACUAUUGUAAAUCUCACCAUUCCAAGACUCCGUAGCAUAACCACCGAAGAUGAAGUUACCAACUUUUAUUAUGGUCACGGUUGGUUUCUUGUGGUCACAGUUUCCAUGGAAGGUACUGCCCGCCCAUCCAUGCUUGGUUGCACGCCAACACAGCUUCCAAUUAGUGCUACUACUCUCUGUCCACAAAGUUAAGUUUUUCCGAAAGUCGACUGGUUCUCCAGAUAAUAUGACGGAGUCGACAGAAGGCGUCAGGGCUAAAUGAGAACAAGAAACAUGAUGAAAUUCUAAUGACCAACACAUUGUCCCCUAGCCAACGACGCGGAGCGCCGUUCCGGGCGUAUAAGCCCGGGGCGAGGAUACUAAAUCCGCUCUGCUAUUUACACCCGGGGAAAAGAAAGCAUUAGGAAGAAAAGGAAAGCAUUGUGAAGUUCAUGAAACAUCGCGGGCGUCUGGCUAUGAUCCAAGGGUGAACCUCCCACUGAUCUCAAAAAUAUGGUGGACUAUCAUGGAAAUGGCGAAGACUGAUUGGUCAAAUUUAAAUUUCACUUCAUGACUACUGCAUUUACGACAUCAUGAUAACAGACGACACUAUUUGAAAAUUAAUAUAUCUGCUUUUUAAAAGAUUCACCAAAGUCUUUUAUACGGGUUCUUUUGACAAAAUGAAAAACCAUUAAACAAAUAAAAUAUUAAAGAAAAGUUAUGGAACCAAGUGAAAACCAACAAGAAGACGGGGAAAACGCCGAAAGACUUGCUAAAAGAAGAGAGUGAAGACACUGACGUUUGCUACAAGAGACUGAAAAACUUUAUUCACAAACCCGAAAAGUCAUUAAUGAGACAUGCAGCCAAACAGUUUAUUUCUUUAACAAUGGGGCAAUAGAUUGCUGGAAAUUGUAAAACCCAAUGAAGGUCAAACUCAAACUUUAUCGAUAAAAGGUAGUUUAGUUUUAAGAACAUUUUAAAGCGUUUGUGGUUGAGUUUUAUAUUAAAUUGAAGCUUAUAUUACGUAUAAUAACGUAAAUAAAUAACAUAUCAUACGAAAACGCUAAGAAGCACUUCGUACAGAGGUAUGGACAAAAUUUGAUUGAAAUUUGUACAUAUUUAGCACCAAAACGACAAAUUUAAGAUUGAAAAUGUUAAAGGUAGGGUACAGUCCGUAUGUAAACAAAGCCUUUGUUCAGUACAUUUCGUUAUACAAAAUAUUGAAUUUUAUUCGACAACUAUUUAUAUUUUCAUGCUUCUACAGUAUAGGCUUUGCAAGAACAUAAAAUGAAAUAAAAACCUAAUUAAUUAAAGUGUUUAUGUCACGGCAGGAGACGCCUAUGUGCGCAUGCGCAGGCCGAACUGUACCAUAUCUUUAGGGUCGGCACGUAGCUCUAGCGCCAGUAAAGAAGAAAGACUCAUAAAUAACGAACGAUAAAACAGUAUGUUUUUACAGAGCAAUUCUUAUUCUCGAAGUGCAGGCAGUCACACGAGUGACUAGCGUUAAAACCAGAAGUUCCGGUGUUUAUGGUAAUGUCAAUAUAUAAUUACUACUGAUGUUAAACAAAAUCAAUAUGUCAUAUAUGGCGUGAUGUCUUCUUCUUAAAUUAGUGUCAACGAAAGAUGACUGUUACUAUAACUGCAAUAUAAACAAUUUACGUAGUACUUUGUUUUCUAAUAUUCAUAAUAAUCUGGAGACUGGCGUGUGCAUUGAGGGCGCUGAGUAGUGGUUGAUAAAGUGCUGUUGUCGGCUGGGGUUGUGAACGUAGACGGAACGUUACUUGUCUGAUAUGGGCAUUCUUCACACUCUUCUUCGUCGGAACUGUCCCUGUCCCGACGAGGAUACGGUGUACUCGACAUUGACUGGUUUGAGACGAUCAAGCAAUCUGUAGUUUUAACUUUAUAUGAUGUAGCACGCAGUUGAUUGCCUGGAAAUUUCUUGAUGACACAACAUGGGUCUUCCACAGAUAUGACCAAGUAUCUACUGCGGGGUUGUGUCUUAUCUCGCUCAGCGACUAAAUAAACUAAGUCCCCGACGUUAAUUGUAAGAGAUGCAGACCCAUUCCUAUUUCGGUUUUUCGAUUUCCCACUAUACGGGUGGUUUUGUUUUCGUUCUAGAUGUUGCUCUUGGAUUACUUUGCGAUCACAUAUGGGAAGUUGAUCAUGAGUGAACUGAACUCGCUGUGUCCACAGCUCGCGAGCCGAAAGUCCUUCACUCCGGAGGCGGGAAUUUAUUCGAGAUGUUGCGAAGGCAAGGGUAACAGUCGAUAUUGGACUACCAUUGGGUGCUUGGUGGAGGAUUUCUUCGAGUUCGGCGAUGGUCUUCUCGGCCACUGGGUUUUUACUAGUGUUUUUAGCGCGUCCGAUCUCUAGGGAUAAGCCGAGGCGUUUAAGGGUUGGGUCGGUUCUCAGUGCAACAAAACCAGGGGCGGGGUCGAUUCUGAUGAUGGCCGGUGGACCUUCCAGGGGGUGCAGCUCGCUGCAUAACUUAGUUAGGGCAUUACAAAGUGUGUUGGCUUUCUCGUCGUGGAUGACAGACGUUGCGGUAAAGGAUGUUGGGGAGUUUACGAUCUGCGACGCGGCCGGCUCAACGACGCGGUCUAAAUUUUAGCUCAAGAAUGAGCGUUAAGCAUUUCGAUUACUGUAAUAAAUAUUUGACUCUUUCAAAUAACCUUAGAAACAGUGCCGGCGCCAGGGCAGGCCCCCCCCCAUUUUUGCCUCCCCCCCUCAAAAAAAAUUAUUAAUCACUAAGAGCGACUAAAGGCUACACAAGCGUUCUGUCGUUAUCGGAAAAUGUAUGGCUUAUAAGUUGUCAUUACUCAUUAGUGAAUGCGCGUAUACAUGAAACUGUUUUUUACAGUUUCAAUAUUAGUUUGUAAAUCUCUGAAUGGUAAAACUUGCCAAUACUUCAAUAAUACGUUUAAAAAAAAAGACAAAAAAGCUUUAGUUUUGCAGAGUUAAAUUCUCAAACGUGUAAGGCAAUAAUAAGAUGAAAGUAUCACGAAAUUAUUUGAAUAAACCACAUCGCAUAUAUGGGGGGCGAAUGUCCUAAAGAGGGGCGAUAUUCCUAGGGUAUUCGCCCCACCCCCCUGGGAGGCGAUAUUGCUAGGAUAUUCGCCCCCGGGGGCGAUAUUCCUAGGAAUAUCGCCACGUUUUGACGGGGGGAAUUUCCUGGGGGGCGACCUUUUUAAAAAUUCUAUCUUGCCCCCCAAAAUUUGAGUUUGCCCCUCAAAUGCCCCCCCAAAUUUGGAAGCCUGGCGCCGCCACUGCUUAGAAAAUGCUACGUUCGGCUAAAGCGAUGCAAUAUUUGCUGUAAUUUCGACUUUUAGUAACACCUCUUGUGUCGCAUUAAGCUUUCGCGUUGCCUGAAAGACGUAAUAAUGCUUUUUUAACGUUGUGUUGAGAAUGACAACGCGGUUGACAAUACUCAUGGGACCACAAAUUAUUGACAGUUUUUGUCUUGCAUGACAAAUUUCUUUGUAAGUUCUUUGUGGGUUUGCAUGGCGAUAAAACACACAAUACUACCGUUUGUGGAAACACCAAAUUUCUUUGUUUUAAAAGCGCGUCGUCGAGGCGGCCGCGUCGUAGAUCGUAAACUCCCUGUUGUUGUUUCGCGAACGACUACGAUAGUUUGUUUACACCGCUUAAGGACAUCUGCAGCAAAUGAAACUCCAACGACCUUGGGUGGUUCUUCCGUGCUAUGCUGUACAACUUGAGAUAGGAGCUUUUUCAGAGAGGCGCACGUGUGUCACGUGUCACUCACACGAGCGAUGGCAGCUUGCAUGUAAAGUGCGAAGAAGUUGCGUCUCAUCACCAGUUGGAGUUGGUGUUUUGACGGGUGGUCGAGUUUGAUAUGUAAGGCUGUUACAAGACCGUUAAGUACGGAAGUACGGAGCGUGGUACUACGAUAAACUCCGUGGAGGGUGAUGAAGGGUCGGUUCUACGAACCACUAAUAAACCAUCUUUGGCAAUGGACAGGGAAUUUAGGUAACGUUUAACAUCCUUUACAUUUGUUAAUUUCUUAAAGGGACGUGUUCCUUAUUUCAGGUGAGCAUGUGUUCUGCGUAGGUCGGGACACUCGGAUUGUAUUUGGAUCCAGGCAGAUCGGGUUGUAGAAGGUAAGCGGGGGAGGUGGUGUACGUCUUGGACGGAGGUGGACCGAACUACGGAAUCUUCUGUGGUUGAAAUGAAGUUACAAAUUUGGCAUUUCAGUUCAUUGCACUCUGGUGCGAUUCGACUGGCGAAAUCCGAAGGAACGUUCGCUGAGCCACCGAGGUGUUGUAUGUCCGCUUGGUACCUGCUGACGAUGGAUAAAAAUGACGUAACGCGAGGGCUCGCUGAAAAUUCACCUUGACGCAGUUUAUCGAUGGCUUGAUCAUGAACACAUGGCUUGCUAUCUGUGAGGAUACAAGCGGGGUGAUGUGAUUGGAUUAUGAAAGGGCUAAAGUGUUUCACGGCGGCAGCGAUGCUUAAUGCUUCAAUCUCACAUGGCAGCCAGUUCACCUGAUGCUUUUUUAACUUGGCACUGAAAAAUCCUGCGAGCAGGAGGGUUUGAUGACGUGAUACGUAAAGGGUAGUUCCGAUUCCUCUUUUGGUUACAGAGCCAUCGGUUACUAUCCAUAGUUUGUCGGAUGGUUUGGGAAGGGUAAUAGAUUUGUUAUUCGCCAGGGAGGAUUGAGCGAACUUGAAUUGUUGGGACAGAGUAUCUAACCACGUGAUCUUGUCACAUGAUUGUUGUCCUGCGAUGGCACUUUCUAAUGGUGCAAUGAUAUGUGCGCACUGUGGUAAAACACGUCCGACAACUUUGUAGGCUCCUAUGAAAGACCGAAGACCCCGUACCGUAUCGGGAGGCGGAUACGAUGACAUUGUAGCAAUUCUGUGUGUGCUUGCGGAUAGGCAUCCCUGUGUCCAAAUCCAGCCUAAGAUGGUGGUACUGCGUGGGCAAAUAAUGGUUUUGGAUGGAGAAAGCUUGAUAUUGCACUUUUGGAGGGCGUCUUGGAUCCUUUUCCAGUUGAUGAGCAGUUCCUUCCGUACUGGGGGAGUCUGCCUUUGCGUUGUGGCGGUUGUACUGGGCCCAUAUUUACGACAGCUUCAAAGGGACCGGCAGCACCGUUGUGUCCAGAGAUAUUUUUAUAAAAAACAUCGUCAUAUUCUUUAACUAACCGGCUGAAUUCGGAGUGCAUGCUCUUUGAUAGGAUAUAGGAUAGAAUCGGUGUCUAGCUGGACAGAUAAGGAAUGUUCAUGGGGUUUAGGAGAGGAGGGUGCUACUAGGGUGCUGAUGCUAGAUUUGGGAACGUUGGGAUGUACAUAUGGGAUGUAGGUUGGUAGGACCUGACACAGAUGGUCAUGACGAGGGAUACGUUUAGGGUGAGGGGUCUGAUUGGGUAUACGGAUCUUUCUUGCGACUGCCUGCACAAUAUGGGGGCUUGGCCGCUCACAGUCUGACCUGGCACAAUCCUCACGGGAUUCUAGGGCAAGGAUAGAAUCUGGGUCUACGUGAUCGGGAAGGUCUAAUUCAAGGUACUGUCCUGGCCAAAUUACGGUGGAGGAUGAUGGGGCACGAAGGACUGUAGUUUGUGUUCGUCGGACCGAGCCUAUGGUUUCAGCUGGUUGUCUGCAGCCAUAAUAAACGUUCUCGCAUCCUUGAAUGGUGACUUCUUGUUUAGAUGGCCGGAGGGAGGUGUCAUUCGUGAUCAUGAAAGGAGUCCCGUCUAGUACGUCGAUGUCCAAACUAUCAACGACAAGUGCAUCCAACUGCAAAUUAAGGUGGUUACGGGACAAAGUCAAAUGGACUUCUCCGACGACGGCUAGCUGGGUUAUACCAUCUGCUUGGAGGGCUUUCUAAGUAGUCUUCUGUAUAGUAGCUCCAAUUUCAUUGGCAAUGCUGGUCUUUAUCAUACUUGUUUCUGCUCUUGUGUCUAAUGUCAAUAGUAGUGGGUGAUGGGCAUAGAAUGCCCGGAGAUGGGGUGACUGCUUAACACUAACUCGGUUGGUUCGUUAGUUCUUGAUUCGGUAGUUGUGGGAAUCUUGUGAGUCUUCUACUUCGCAAUCAAAUAGCGAGUCCCCCGGUUAUGUGCGGACAACCUGUCUUGAGCGGGAUAGGUACUGCUUGUUUUCGACUUGGAGGUAGGGGCACCUGCUAAGGUAGUGUUGGUGUUGUCGACCUGCUUGUCUACACAAGGGGCAACUUUUAGUUGGGGUUUUAUCUAAAACCGUGGGAGUGCUGUAGGGGUUUGACGGCGACUACUGGAUUGAGGGUGUUUGAGGGAUUGUUGGAAAGCAGUUUGGAGGACUUUGGCAUCGUUGGCGCUGGCAGAGAUAAUUUCGUCGGGGGAGGGAAUCUAGUGUCUGGGAAAUUUCAGGUUUGAGGGACGCGACAGUUUGUGAUCGAAGUUCAGAACCGUAGCGCUGUUUGACUAGGGCCGGUAAAGAAGGAUGGAUAAGGCGUAGCCAUGUCAACACAAUUAUGUUCUCCAUUGUUGGGGAGAUGUCUUGAUCAGCUGUAACGUUUUCACCAUGGUGUCGAAUACCACCAUUAGCUUUAUUAAGCAACUUGUCAUCAAUGAAGCUAACAAGCCUUUGGUAAAGGUCUUCCGGACGCUCGUCAGUUUCUAAGUGAAUGUUAUUAAAGUCUAAGAAAAUGACCACCUGUGAACUGAAACCCGAAGUGAGCUCGAAUUGAUUGCCAAAUAGUGCUCAAAGAUGUCGAGUUUUUGACAAUAGUAUUCUGGGGAAUUACAGGGCAAUAAUUGGCUAUUUGGCCCAAUAUAAGCUCCAGUUGGGCUGCUUUUUGCUCUGCAGUACGACGGCGUGCUACGGGUACAGUAUCGGCAUCAUUUUCGAAACCGCGAAGUGGGGUUGACGGUGAUCUUUCUUAGCCAAGUUACCCCAUCGAUCAGAAAUGGGGCGAAGUUUUGGUCUAACGAUAAUGUAUAUUGUAAAUUUUGACGCCAUGCUUCAAACGAUGUUUUUGUUUCUUGUUUUGUGAGAGACCACUAUUUCUGGGCACGGUUGCUUGCCAUACUAACGAGAAAGACAAUUGACUUACGUUUAGUAUGUGAGGCCUUGCUGUACGAGCUCUUAUUCGUAGAACAGCUGAAAACUGCUUCGCUUUUACCUUGUUUUGGUCCGAGAAACUUUCUUAUGAGCUGUUUAUUAUGAUCUCUGCUGUGUUAGAGAUCGAAGGAUAGGGAAAUAAAUCGCUGCCACCACGCCAGUAAAGAAGAAAGACUCAUAAAUAACGAACGAUAAAACAGUAUGUUUUUACAGAGCAAUUCGUAUUCUCGAAGAAAAGGCAGUCGCCUGAGUGGCUAACGUUAAAACCGGAAGUUCCGAUGUUUAUGGUAAUGUCAAUAUAUAAUUACUGAUGUUAAACAAAAUCAGUAUGCCAUAUAUGGCGUAGGAAGAUGUUCUGUGAUUGGUUGAUUAUGACAAUGACAAAAGAAUAAGCUAUAGAAUGGAUUUUCUAAAGAACCAAGCAAGAACAAUAUUCCUUCUGUUUAUGUAAGCCAAUUACGUCUUUUGUCAUUGUCAUAGUCGACCAGUCACAGAACAUUUUCCUAGAGCUUCGUGUUUACUGUAUCUUUAAGAAAGUUCAUCAAUAAUCGUGGACGCAUGACUAUGGGUUAUCGUGGGUAGGUGGUCGUCCUCACGACUGUCAUGAAUAGCGAACACUGAUUGGUCAAAUUUAAAAUUUGCAUUAUAACGGCUGCACGACGAAAGCGAAUUUGCAAAUAUUUCUAGCAAUAUAUUUAGUAGAGGACCUGUAUAUGAGUUUGUAUGCAUUUCAUUUGGGACAGAUAAGUUCAACUGUUUUAGGGUAUAUUCAGACGAUGGCGGACAACAUGGCAUAUGUGCCAAAACCCGAAUUCGGGACAAAACGUCCCAAAAUGACCACACCCAGAAACGGCGCUUGCAACAUAGCCCAAUCUACUAAAUGAACUUUAAUGAACUUUAAUGUACUUUAUUAUAGGAUUACACAAAUUACUGGUAAACCAGUAUUUUACAUUGUGGUCCAAAAAUAUAUAUAGUUUAAAUUACAAUAUCUACAUAUUUCAAUUAGGAUGUCUGUGUGACCAGAAAAUGAUCACAACUUUCAUUUACUAAAAGUGUUUUAUUAACUAAGUGUUUUUUAAAUUUACCUAACCCACUAAUAUUCAUACUAUCCACAUUAAGUUCAUUCCAGAGACGAACAGCACUAGCAUGAAAACAACGAAGUCCAGAUCUUGUAUGGCAUUUCGGUACAACUAAUUUCAUAUUAGAAGAUGCUCUAGUACAAUAUUCAUGCCGAUUCUUAACAUAACUUACAUAGUUAUCAAAAUACUGUGGACACAUUUUAUUGAUUAUUUUAUACAUCAUGCACAAUUUAUGUACACGAAUAGUGUCAUCUAUGGGAAUCCACUUUAAUGUAUUAAAUAAUGCUACUGAAUUAUCAGAUGGAUUCGCAUCAAGGAUUAAGCGGGCACAACGCUUUUGUAAUCCUAAAAGUCUUAAUAGUUGUUCGUUUGAGCAAUUGCCCCAAACUGUGCAACAAUAUUCCAGUGUUGAUUUAAUCAAUGCAUUAUACAACAUCUUUCUACCAGAAAUAGACAGAUAACCUUUGGCUCUCUUCAAUAGGAAAAAUCGCGAGUUCAAUUUUUUCAUUAAACAGUUAACUUGAUCAUUCCAACUAAGAUAUUUGUCUAAUUUUACACCCAAGAGUUUUUCGUCUUUAACUUCUUCAAUAGGUACUCCAUUUAGGUUAAGUUCCAAAGAAGAUAUAUUUGCGUGUCGCAACUUCUG